CAAUAGAGCAUUUUGAUCGGUUGAUUUUAGUUAUUGGCCCUCUGACUGCCCGAGUCGUGUAAUAAUUGUCAAUAUUGGACUCUGUAAUCGUGAAAGAACCUACUAAAAAUGAACUUCAUAUUCCAGAUGCAGGUUAGAGUCUGUUGUACCUGUCAUGACGGUCAGGCUUCCUUCACAUUGUUGUGUCCGAUCCGUACGCAAAGAAAUCACUCCUGGAUUAAAACGGCAGACAGAAAGAAACUUCAAUGUCACUCGAAAUUAAAACUAGAAAAAAACUAGUAUUCAAAACAGGAUCUCAUUCUUCGUAAGGUAAUUUGUUACCUUUGCAACGAAACUCUUUCAUCCUAUCUGGGAAUUACGUCACUUCGCUUACGUAAGAGACAUGUUCAGAAUUUAUCGAUCUUCCGCCUUACAAUGACUUCCUUUGCCUCCCCUCCCUAAGAAAAGCAUGCCAUUGAAUUGUCCUACCCGCGUACACGCAUAAGCGGUAAAAACACUACAUCUAUUCAUUGCGGGAUUUCCUUCCAAAAAGUUAAAUAUGUGGAGAGUGAAAGGAUUUAGAACAAAUACCUGUCAAAUCUUGUCGCGUAAUUUGUUGCCUUUACAACGAAAAACUUCGACAACCGAUCAUGGAGAGCGAGUUAUGGCGAUUAGGAGAGAAGACAUUAAUGUGUGGGAGAGACGAGCGCCCAUUGCCCCUUCUCACGUCGCGGAACUUGUACAUAAAGGAAUCAAAGUUCUUGUGCAGCCUUCGACAAGACGAGCAUACACGAUGGAUGAAUAUGAGCGAGCAGGAGCAGUUAUAACAGAAGAUCUAACUCCGGCCUCGCUGAUUAUCGGCGUGAAAGCUGUCCCCAUUGACUUGUUAAUUCCAAACAAGACUUACGCGUUCUUCUCUCAUACGAUCAAGGCGCAAGAAGCCAAUAUGCCACUGCUGGAUGCAGUGCUUGAAAAGAACAUCAGGAUAGUUGACUACGAAAAGAUGGUGGAUAGCAAAGGACAACGGGUGUGUGCUUUUGGCAAGUUCGCCGGUGUUGGAGGUAUGAUAAAUAUUCUACAUGGUCUUGGGUUAAGGCUCCUUGCCCUUGGACAUCACACACCUUUCAUGUAUCUAGGGGCAACUCAUAACUACAAGAACAGCAGAGCAGCAAAACUUGCCAUCUAUGAACUUGGAGAGGACAUCAAAGCUGGUAAAUUACCAGCUCAUUUUGGUCCUUUGUCAUUUGUGUUUACUGGCUCAGGAAAUGUGUCACAGGGUGCCCAAGAAAUGUUUCAGGAACUUCCACAUAUUUAUGUUGAACCACAUGAGCUGAGAAAAGCUAUACAAAGCACUGACCACAGGAAGUUGAUUGGAACAGUUGUAAGCCGCGAAGAUUACCUCGUACCCAAGGCUGGUGGAGUGUUUGAUGCAGAGGAAUAUGAUGCUCAUCCAGAAAGAUACAGAUCAACAUUUGCAGAAAAGGUUGCUCCUUACAUGUCUGUAUUAGUAAAUGGAACCUACUGGGCCCCCAGUGUGCCACGCCUUCUGACCUACGAUGAUGCAAGAAAUAUUCUUAAGACAAUGCAGAGGUCGAGUGCAUAUGAUGGCUGUCCAAGUCUGCCUCACAGAUUGUUGGCAAUCUGUGAUAUCUCAGCUGAUAAUGAAGUUGCUCCUUACAUGUCUGUAUUAGUAAAUGGAACCUACUGGGCCCCCAGUGUGCCACGCCUUCUGACCUACGAUGAUGCAAGAAAUAUUCUUAAGACAAUGCAGAGGUCGAGUGCAUAUGAUGGCUGUCCAAGUCUGCCUCACAGAUUGUUGGCAAUCUGUGAUAUCUCAGCUGAUAAUGAAGGCUCUCUGGAAUUCAUGACAGAAUGUACAACAAUUGAGUAUCCAUUCCAUUUGUACAACAUCAAGACAGGAACCUCACAAAUUGGAAUGGCUGGAGAUGGAGUUCUUAUUUGCUCAAUUGACAAUCUACCUGCUCAGCUGCCAAGAGAGGCCACUGAUUAUUUUGGAAAACUCCUGCUCCCUUGGCUACAAGAAAUGAUUGAUUCUCAUGCCACUGACCCCUUUGAAGAGCAGCGUCACUUGUCUGACACAGUUAGAAAUGCAAUCAUCACUUCUAAUGGAUCAUUAACAGAAACCUACAAAUACAUAGCAGGCUUAAGGAAAAGCCAAGAAGAAGCAAAAGCCAGAGCAUUAGGACCAAAUGUCUCUGUGCCAAUCAAGCAGAGAGUAUUGUUGCUUGGCUCUGGGUUCACUGUGGCUCCCUGUAUUGAAUAUCUUACCAGAGAUAAAAGCCUUGCAGUCACUGUUGCAUCAGACAAAAUCAGAGAAGCAGAUGCACUAGCUGCUAUGUACAGAAACACCACUCCAACCCUCCUUGAUGUCACACAAUCGGACGAAAAGUUAAACAAAUUGAUCCAGCAACAUGAUGUUGUGAUUAGUUUGCUUCCCUUCUCUUUGCAUCACUUUGUUGCCAAGAGUUGCAUCACUCAUAAAAAGAACUUAUUAACAGCCAGUUAUGUACUGCCACCAAUUGCAGAGCUACACCAGAGAAAUUAUGGUCCAUUAUUGGGAAAAAAUGUCUUAUUUGCUCUUAUGUUUUACAGAGGUUUAAAUUGGUGUGUGCGCUUGUUUCAAUUUAGUUGGAGUCCACGAGCUGGUCUGCUGAGUAUCAUGAACAGCGCUAAAUAUCUUUGGUAUGGAAAGAGUGUUGAAGUUCCAGCGGGAGGGGCUCUUCUGGAAGAGAUAAAACCAACAGACAUAUUCCCUGGCUAUAGACUGGAGUGUUAUCCCAACAGAGAUUCAACUAAAUAUGGCAAACUAUAUGACAUCGCCACGGCCAACACAAUACUCAGAGGAACACUGCGCUAUGAGGGAUAUUCCACCGCUUGUUUAGCUUUGUACCAGCUUGGAAUGUACAGUACGAUAGAACGACCAGACCUUGCUCUGGCUCAUGAACUACCCUGGAAACAAGUCUUGGCAAAACUUGUGGGUAAACCAGACGCAAGCGACUCUGAGCUUCAUUCUGUUGUCUUUGAGAAAGUUGGAAAGGAUCCUGCUCGUAUGCAGGCGAUCAAAGAUUCGUCACUAAAAGAGGGAGAGAGAGACAUGGUGUUCCUUCAACAUGACAUAGGUGUGGACUUGCCGGAUAAAACACAGCAAAACCGUCGAAUUGACAUGAUUUGUCAUGGUGAUCCGAAUGGUCACUCAGCCAUGGCGCGAACUGUUGGACUUCCGGUAGCCAUAGCAACUAAGAUGGUGUUGGACGGGGACUUAAAAGCCACAGGCGUUGUUCUUCCUCUCAGCCGGGAAAUUUACAAACCACUACUAAAGCGACUCAAAGCAGAGGGAAUUCACAGCGAAAUGACCACAACUGUACUGUAAGAUGACAUUUAAUCACCACACAACUCAAUCGAUUUGUGUAUUGGCCUUGGUAAAAGUCCGGGUUUUUUAAUACUGUAUUUGUUCGUUUUGUCUCGGUUUUGAUCCUAUUUUUCUGUUGGUGCUUCUAUUUCUAGGGGAGUUAAUCCUCUUAGACUGACAUUCGCUGAAAUGCUGAAUAUUAAUUUUAUCACGUCUAAUACUUCCCAGUCUACUGCAAACUUAAAACAUACAACAUACAUAUCGACUGAAUUAAUUUGUAUUUUGCUCCCAUCCUCUAUGAUAAGUUGAGGCUUAAAUUUGCUCAACGAAGAAAAGUUACAUGUUGCCAAUCAUGCAUGUGUAUUUUAUAAGACGAAAUUAUCCACUACCCAUAUUUAUUCAAUUGAAGUGCAUUUAAUGCAUCUUGUAUAUUUCUGGUGUAUUUCAUUAACUGGUACUUUCUGGUGUAUCUUUUUUUAAAGCUUUUUGAGCUUAAAAUGUUUAUAAAGGAAUUAUUUAUGUAUUUUCUAAACCUAAGAGAAAAGGUUGGGUUAAAAACCCCAACGCAUGUUGAACUGAGUGAGUUACUCUCGGUGGAGGAGAGAAGAAUGUUUAAAAUUCUUAUUUCAUGACAUGCAAAUUUAAAAUUAACAUUCUAAAUGUAUUCCUGGAACACACGUGUGUUAAUAUUAUUAUAAGUGCUACACUCAUCUACUUGCAAUAUUUGUACCGGAUUUCCACUGGACAUCCACUUCUGCAGGACUCGGAAUGAAUUUGGUGUAAUUACAAUUAAAUAAAGUUGGAUAAUUUUGUGUAUA